CGAGAACCACUUUCAUAGAUCUACAAAUGCGGGAACGAGGCAUGCCCUGCCCAGGCUGCCAUCGAUAGUACCACUCAGACAAGGAAGAAGAUCCUCUUUGCGAACGGUCAGGAUGCGGUCAGAGGAUGAAACUCAUUCGCCAUGUUUCCUUCAUGGACUGUCCCGGUCACGAUAUUCUGAUGUCUAUCAUGCUUGACGAUGCCGCAGUCAUGGAUGCUGCUCUUCAUCUAAUCGCAAGACACGAAACAUGCCCUCAGCUGCAGAUAUUCGAGCACUUGGCACGGUCAAAAUCACGAAGCUGGAAAACAUCAUAUAAGGUCGACUUAAUCGUGGAAGCCCAGGCUUUUGAACACCAGAAAUCAAUCGCUGCAUUCGUCAAGGGUGGGCAUGGUGGUCGAGUCGUCACUCAUGGUUCUGAUAUGCAACCGAAAUACGACAUCGACACUGUCAACGAAUACAUUAUAAAGCAUAUACCUAUCCUGGUCUGCGACUUUGCUUCCGAUCCCAGUUUUAUCGUUGUCUGUUCCUUUGAUAUCGACAAGCCUAGUGCUGAUAUCGAUGAGCUCAAAGGUGGUUCUAUCCUCACAGACAUCCUACGGGUUAGAGCAAGGAUUCAAGCUUCGUCCGGGGAUUCUACCAAAAGACACUCGGGGCUGGAACCGUGCAAGCUUGUUUCCAGCAAGAUCGUCUCCCUGUACGCCGAAAACAAUCACUUGCAGUUCGCAGUUCCGGGAGGACUGAUUGGUAAGAUUAACCCUACGCUAUGCAGAGCGGACCGUCUCGUCGAUCAAGUGCUGGGUGCGAUUGUAACCUUCCAAAAGUCUAUACUGAGGUAUACUCUAUGUAGGACAGUACUGUCUAGCCAAGGAGCCCUGUGCUCCGUCCCGUUGUCGCAUCCCCAAAUGCACUGGUGUAAGGCGUACCCCACCAGUCCGCCGUUCCUGCCGGCCGUUUUAGAUGGGCAAUGUAAGAGACUAAGGGAAGACUAUAAGUAA